GCUCAUCAAGAAAUGUGGAGCCACUGUUUAUAACAAUGGGAGGAAAGAGAUACAAUACAUACAUACCUUUUUCUUUCUUUUCUUAUAUGCCACCUUCGUAAGCACUAAAUAAAUCCCCGCACCCAAAUUAUAACUAGAAAAACGGAAUCUUCUCCUUCUCUCUCUUCCAUCUUUUCCCCUAAACAAUUUGUCCACUUUCUCGUAUUUACCCAUCAAAUCAACUCCAAAUUCAUUCCGUUUUGUUCAUCUCUAAAAUAAUGGAAAUUACUUUCUUCUGCUACUCUACAGUUACUUGCAACUUUUUCCCCUUGUAAUCAAUUACAAAGACGAGGAUAUUUUGUAAAUUGUGUAUUUUUUAAUUUUUUCUUUCAUUGUGAAUGGCGAUGGACGACAACGAGAGUUGCGGAAGCAGAGCGAUGGAGCCGUUAUCGCCGAAGCAAAAUCGGCUACAGAGGCAGAAGGCGGAAGUGUUUAGCCAAGUGCUCACUAGACUCCAGGAUUUGAAUCUCGAAGAGGUUAAACUCCCUGGCUUUGAAGACCAGCUUUGGCUUCACUUUAAUCGCCUCCCUGCUCGAUAUGCAUCGGAUGUGAAUGUGGAAAGAGCAGAAGAUGUGCUCAUGCAUAAGAGAUUGCUCGACAUAGCAGAGGAUCCUGAGAAUGGACCUGCCUUUGAUGUCCGCCUUGUGCAGGUUCAGCCUAUGUACACUGGAGUGUCAACCAAUACUGUUGAUGUAGAUCCUUCAGUUAACGAAGAAAUCCCAAGCAUUCAUCCUCCUCCAACUUUUGGUUCAUCACCAAAUCUUCAAGGCCUUGAAAUUCAUGAUGAUAAAGCUCAUGUAAAUGAUGGAGAUAGUGAUAUCAAUUCAACUUUGCGGACAACCAGGCCAAUGCACGAGAUUACUUUUUCAACAAUUGACAAGCCAAAAACGCUCACUCAGUUGACCAAUAUAAUUUCUGAGAUUGGUCUGAACAUUGAAGAGGCCCAUGUUUUUUCAACUACUGAUGGUUUCUCCUUGGAUGUCUUUGUGGUUGAUGGAUGGCCAUAUGAGGAGACAGAGUUGCUUAAGAGUGAGGUGCAAAAGGAAAUUACGAGGAGCAAGGAGCAGCCACAGGCCCUGCCUCGAAUGAAUGAGCCAGGUCAAACAUCUGAAUCAGGUUCCGAUAGUGUAAAAAUACCUACUGAUGGAUCUGAUGACUGGGAAAUUGAUAUCCGCCUGCUGAAAUUUGAAAACAAAGUAGCAUCUGGGUCAUUUGGAGAUCUGUAUAAAGGCACAUACUGUAGCCAGGAAGUGGCUAUAAAAGUUCUCAAGCCUGAAAAUUUGAAUAUGGAUAUGGUAAAAGAGUUCUCUCAGGAGGUCUUUAUAAUGAGGAAAAUUCGGCACAAAAAUGUUGUUCAAUUUAUAGGGGCAUGCACACGACCUCCAAACCUGUGCAUCGUGACAGAGUUCAUGACCAGAGGAAGCAUCUAUACUUUUUUGCACAAGCAAAGAGGUGCUUUUAAGCUUCCUACUCUUCUGAAGGUUGCAAUUGAUGUUUCUAAGGGAAUGAGUUAUCUGCACCAGAAUAACAUAAUUCAUCGGGAUCUGAAGACUGCCAAUCUUCUGAUGGAUGAACAUGGAGUUGUUAAGGUUGGUGACUUUGGGGUUGCUAGAGUGCAGACUCAAACUGGGGUGAUGACUGCAGAAACUGGAACGUAUAGAUGGAUGGCUCCUGAGGUGAUUGAACACAAACCCUAUGACCACAAGGCUGAUGUUUUCAGCUUCGGUAUAGUGCUGUGGGAACUUCUGACUGGAGAAAUUCCAUAUGCGUACUUAACACCAUUACAAGCAGCAAUAGGUGUGGUGCAACAGGGUCUAAGGCCAACAAUUCCUAAGAGCACUCAUCCAAAGCUUGCUGAACUUCUUGAGAAAUGCUGGCAGCAGGACCCAACUCAGAGACCAGAUUUCUCGGAGAUUUUGGAUAUUCUGAAGCAACUAACUAGGGAGGUUGGAGAUGAUGGAGAGGACAGACACAAGGACAAAUCAAUCGGUAGCUUUUUCUCGGCCCUUAGAAAGGGCAAUCACUGAGAAUUUACUAAAGAGAGGAGGGUGAUCGGCCUUCAGCUUUUGUCUCGGUGUACAGAUUCUCAGAUGACCAGACUUGAUCUGAUUAGUUUUUGAAAAUCAUGGUUUUUAUUUAAUGUCGCUUGGCAUUCUUUUACUGUUCCUAAUUUGGUCAGGGGUGCAAGCUGGUGAGUAAAGCUUUGGCAACUCUGUACAGAAUACCUGUGAAUUUGCGCAAGUUCUAAUUCCUAACCCUUUUUGUACCUUUCUCAUUGAGAAUUUAUAUCCUCUUUAACUGGUUCUAGCCACCACCAGAUCAUUGCUUCUGAAUUGAUUUUUUUUUUGAAGUUAACCAAGAUGUCUAUCAAUGCCGCCUCAGAUUACAGGGGAUGUACGGGAAUGCUGGUGAAAGAUAUGGUCGACAAGCAUUGCUUUCAUCCAAGACGUGUUUACAAGUUCUAGAUGCACAACAUUUUCUGAAUGAGCUUUGUAUUGGAUUGACUCGGAAAAGAUUUCCCAACUAAAAUGGAUUUACCUUUGUGAUUU